UUACUGCUCCUAAGAUCCCGGAAGGGGAGAAAGUAGACUUCGAUGAUAUCCAGAAGAAGCGUCAGAACAAGGACCUCAUGGAGCUGCAGGCCCUCAUCGACAGCCACUUUGAAGCUAGAAAGAAAGAAGAAGAAGAGCUAAUUGCACUUAAAGAAAGAAUUGAGAAGCGCCGUGCAGAGAGGGCAGAGCAGCAAAGAAUCCGCGCUGAGAAGGAGAGGGAACGCCAGAACAGACUGGCGGAGGAGAAGGCCAGAAGAGAGGAGGAGGAUGCCAAGAGGAGAGCUGAAGAUGACAUGAAGAAGAAAAAGGCUCUGUCCUCCAUGGGUGCCAACUACAGCAGCUAUCUGGCCAAGGCUGACCAGAAGAGAGGCAAGAAACAGACAGCCCGGGAAAUGAAGAAGAAGAUUCUUGCCGAAAGGCGCAAGCCUCUGAACAUCGACCAUCUUAGUGAUGACAAGCUGAGGGACAAGGCCAAGGAACUCUGGGAUACAUUGUACCAACUGGAGACUGACAAAUUCGAGUUUGGGGAGAAGCUGAAACGUCAGAAAUAUGAUAUCACCACUCUCAGGAGCCGAAUUGACCAAGCCCAGAAGCACAGCAAGAAGGCCGGUGCCACAGCCAAGGGCAAAGUCGGUGGGCGCUGGAAGUAAAAGAUCUGAGAGGUGCACCACAGCAGCAGAAACCAUCAACCCUGGCUCCCACCAGGGCCCCUUAUUCCAGCUCUGCACUCUCCAGAGCUCUCAUGCCCAGGCAUUUUGGGGAACUCAGGGCCCACCCUGCUGCA